AUGGGUAAAUCAAGAGUGACACUCCUCAAGCAAGUCACUAUACCACGUUUGGAGUUGUCAGCCGCCACAGUUGCUGUUCGUAUGGAUAAGCUGAUCAAGAAGAAAUUGGACAUCCAAUUUGACUCUACACACUAUUGGACUGAUAGCAUGACUGUGUUGAGGUAUAUCAAGAAUGAGACUGCAAGGUUCCAUACCUUCAUAGCCAAUAGAGUAGCUGUGAUUCAUGAAGCAUCCAAUCCAGACCAAUGGUCCUAUAUCAACACUAGUCAUAAUCCAGCAGAUGAUGGUUCCAGGGGGCAGUCAAUUCAGGUGUUUCUGAAAAGCCAGAGACGGAUUACCGGACCUGAAUUCCGUUGGGAAACACAAGACCAGUGGCCUGUUAGAUCUUGCGAUAUGCAACUGAAUGAUGGAGAUCCGGAGGUCAAAAAACAUGUGAUUGUGAAUGCAGUAUCUACCAAUGACUCAGAGAAGCUAAUUAAUGAGUUGUUUGAGCGGUACUCAAGUUGGUAUAAACUAAAGCAAGCAGUAUCAUGGAUCUUGAAGAUAAAGAAGGCGUUGUUGAAACGUUGUAGGAACGAGCAAGAUAACUUCUUGACGGGUAUCAUUGUUCAAGAUCUUCAAGAAGCUGAACAUGCGAUUAUUAAGUGUGUUCAACAAGAAGCAUUUGAUGAAGAAAUACAUAGUGUGAGAAGUGCAAAGAAAUGGUAA